CUUGUUGGAAAAGAAAAGAGAAAAAUUAAUGAACUUUCCAUUCAUGAUCUUCGAUUUAUUGAAGCUCGUAAAAUAAAUUCUAUUGAACAAUUGAUAUUUAGUAAGAAAAAUUGUCUAUUGAUUUUGUGCACAUGAGAUACGAUCACAAAUAAUAUAUUUUGAUUAUGAAGAUUAUAAAGUAACAAUAUGGAACUAUAACGUGUCCGAUGGCUCACAAGUUGAUAUGUUCAAUCGAAGAAUCUGACUUGCCGCGGUACGCCGUCUUGCACGAGACAUUCCGGGAAAACCUGGAGCCAUCACUCAAGAACCAUCUCUCAGGAGCCACUACUCAGGAGCCAUCACUCAGGAACCAUCACUCAGGAGCCAUCACACAGGAGCCAUCACUCAGGAGCCAUUUCUCAUGAGCCAUCACUCAGGAGCCAUCUCUCAGGAGCCAUCACUCAGGAGCCAUCACUCAGGAGCCAUCACUCAGGAACCAUCACUCAGGAGCCAUCACUCAGGAGCCAUCACUCAGGAGCCAUCACUCAGGAGCCAUCACUCAAGAGCCAUCACUCAGGAGCCAUCACUCAGGAGCCAUUUCUCACGAGCCAUCACUCAGGAGCCAUCACUCACGAGCCAUCACUCAAGAGCCAACACUUUUGAGCCAUCACUCAGGAACCAUCUCUCAGGAGCCAUCACUCAGGAGUCAUCACUCAGGAGCCAUCACUCGGGAGCCAUCACUCAGGAGCCAUCCCUCAGGAGCCAUCCCUCAGGAGCCAUCACUCAGGAGCCAUCUCUCAGGGGCCAUCUCUCAGGAGCCAUCACUCAGGAGCCAUCCCUCAGGAGCCAUCUCUCAGGAGCCAUCUCUCAGGAGCCAUCACUCGGUACGUAUUGUCCAUAUCUUGCCAGACUUUCUCACCUACAGCACGAACAGAAAGCGGACGUAGCAUUGAUACGCCAUUUUGUCAAACCGAACUCUGUCAGCAUGAUCCACACACAAGAUCGUUAAUUUUUAUUGAUGCAGUUAUUGUAUUUUAUAUAAUAUUUAUUGCAAUAACAAUUUUUAUACAACUCAUUUCUAUGACGGAUCAACAGCAAUAUUGUCUCGCUUUUAUUGUUUUCUAAUGGGGAAGUGUCGUCACUGCGACAUUCAGUGCUUGUUCUCAUUGGAGUGAGAAUUGCACAUGCCUAUAAUAGUUUUCCACAUAGCUUAGUGUAUAUUGCAUUUGUAUUCUUCGUCUUUCUCUACUCCAGGCUAACGAGUUCAUGUCAAUCCGUUCUUCCACGGGCGAUAUUUAUUCCGUUAAUCUGCCUGUGGGUAUAAACUUGCGCCGACACUGAAUAACAAUUGUCCAAUUUUAUGUUGAAUCGGAUUGUUCAAUCCAAUUCACCAUCACCAAACGAUGACAACUAAAUCGGCUCCUCACAAAUGUCAAAACCAUUUCCUUGUUGUUAGUCAAUAACGAUUUUUGGU